GUGUGAGUGUCUCUCUGUGCGCGACUGACUUUAAAAUGCCCUUUGCCCUUUUAGACGACGGCAGCAACCCCACCAUUCAGAAGAAGGAGAAGCGGAGGAGACCUUCUGGGACUGUGGACUACACUGUGUGCCCCAGUGACACGCUGAACAGCAUCGCUCUGAACUUCAACAUCACCCCCAACGAGCUGGUGCAGCUCAACCGCCUCUUCUCCCGCAGCGUGGUCCCUGGACAGAAGCUGUUUGUCCCUGAUGUUGGCCAAUCAGACUCAGGCUCCCAGGUGGACGGGUCCGAGCCCGCCUCCAACCCUCCGUCCAGGAACCCCCCUCAGGAUGCAGGGCUGUGUUUACAGAGACACCUGUCUCCCCCCUCGGAGGACGAGAGCGCCGCCACGGUCAAGUUCAUCAAGAUGAGCUGCAAGUACUUCACAGACGGAAUGGGUGUGGUGGGCGGGGUGAUGAUUGUGACGCCCAACAACAUCAUGUUCGACCCGCACAAGUCCGACCCGCUGGUGAUCGAACACGGCUGCGAGGAGUACGGCCUCAUCUGUCCCGUGGACGAGGUCAUCUCCGUGGCACUGUACGACGACGUGUCCCGCAUGAAGAUCAAGGACGCGCUGCCCUCGCCGGGCGAGUGGGCGGAGCUUCCUUCGGAGUGUGACCUCAACCCCUUCAGCCGCUACGAAGCCCUGGAGCGCCAGCGCCGACGCCCCCUCACGACCUCCGACCCCCACACUCACCUCACGACCUCCGACCCCCACACUCACCUCACGACCUCCGACCCCCACACUCACCUCACGACCUCCGACCCCCACAGCCCCCUCACGCUCCACACCUCGCCGUCCGACAAGGGCUUCACCGAGCUGGAGCCACUGGGGGGCGACGGCGAGCUGGAGCCACUGGGGGGCGACGGCGAGCUGGAGCCACUGGGGGGCGACGGCGAGCUGGAGCCACUGGGGGGCGACGGCGAGGGACCGGAGAGGCAGCAGCAGCAGCCGGAGGAGGAGGAGGAGAGGGAUGAAGGGUUGCACACGCGCUCCUCUGAGGAGAUCUCCGACGCGCCACGCCCCCCCUCCGCGUCACGCCCCCCCUCCGCGUCACGCCCCCCCUCCGCUCUCACCGCCCUGCGUGGGGAGGCUGGGGAGGCUGGGGAGGUGGGGGAGGUUGCCACGGAAACCGAAGCAGUCAAAGACGAUUUUGACGGGAAAACGAAACUGACUGAACCGCUGGCGACCGGAGCCACUGAGCCGGCAGCUGAGGCAGGGGAUCAGAAAGAACAGUCAGGCCUCAGAGAGGCCGAGGGGGAUUGUGGGACAUGUUGUUCCCCGCAGACAGAGCAGGAGGCGGAGCUGACUGAGGAGCAGAGGAGAAGGCGGAGCAGUGCGGCCGAGGUCAAGUCAUGGCUGCUGAAGAGGAUUCAAGGACCAAUAGAAGAUAUGCUGCUGUCUACGGCGGAGAAGAGCAAGGCCCCGCCCAUGUUCCUCUGCUUCAAGGUGGGCAAGCCAAUGAGGAAGUCUUUUGCCGUUGGCCAGACGACGACUAGCCCCGCCCACUCCUUUGGCGGCCGAGGGAAGCUGUCGGAGUACUGGUUCGCUGUCCCUCAAGAGAGGGUGGAUGACCUGUACUCCUUCCUGGUCCAGUGGUCCCCUGAGGCUUAUGGGAAGGAGGCGCGGGAGCACGGCUUCAUCGUGGUGGAGAAGGACGAGCUCAACAUGAUCGACAACUUCUUCAGCGAGAGCCCACGCAGCUGGGAGAUAAUCACCAUCAACGAGGCGAAGCGGCGUCAGAGUUUCGGCAGCUUUGAGGAGGCGGAGUCUGUGGACCAGCUGCCCUGCCUGAGUGACCCCAGCGCUCUACUGGACGACACACACAUUCAGAAGCUGGCUGCUCGCCUGCCUGCCCGUGUGCAGGGGUAUCCAUGGCGACGGGCGUACGGCACCGAGGCUCACGGCACCAGUCUGAAGACUCUCUACCGGAACCUGGCAGAGCUGGACUGCCCCGUGCUGCUGGUCAUCAAAGACAUGGACAACCAGGUGUUCGGGGCGUUCUCCACACACCCGUUUAGAGUGAGUGAACACUGCUACGGGACCGGAGAGACCUUCCUCUAUAGCUUCAGCCCUGAGAUCAAGGUGUAUCGCUGGACAGGAGAGAACUCCUACUUUGUGAAGGGGAGUCUAGAUUCUCUGCAGCUGGGCGGCGGAGGGGGUCAUCUGGGCCUGUGGCUGGACGCUGACCUUGACCACGGCACCACCUCCGCCUGCUCCACCUUCAACAACCAGCCCCUCUCCACCCAGCAGGACUUCUCCGUCCAGAGCCUGGAGGUCUGGGCCUUCGAGUGAACACACACACACACACACACACACACACACACACACACACACACACACACACACACACACACACACACACACACACACACACACACACACACACCAAAGCCGCUGCUCUGUGCAUCCCACUGCACCUGAUCCAAAACCCCACUACCACUGCAGACCAACCCAACCGUAACCACAGCAACAGAGACUAGAGACCAACCCAACCGUAACCACAGCAACGGGCACUAGAGACCAACCCAACCGAAACCACAGCAACAGAGACUAGAGAUAAACCCAAACCGUAACCACAGCAACAGAGACUAGAGACCAACCCAACCAAGACCCGUCCUUUCUCAUCAUCACAGCCGUUGGGACAGGCCAUUCUUUCAUAGGCGUGUGUGUGUGUGUGUGUGUGUGUGUGUGUGUGUGUGUGUGUGUGUGUGUGUGUGUGUGUGUGUGUGUGCGUGCUUCAGACGUUUGAUUCCUUGGAGGGUUGGCCAAUGCAGUCCAGUAAUGACCCCAGAACCGGUUCCUCUGCUCCGCACCCUCCUCUGACCUCCGACCCCCAGACUAGAGCGGGCGCGGGCCUCACGAGGGCCUCACGAGGGCCGGGUCGGCGACGGAGUGGGUCACUGGCUGGGUCAUCUGUCUGUGUGAGGCACACUGGCGUGGUGUAGUGAGAUCAGGGUUUACAGAUACUGGGCAUUCAAACACACACACACACACACACACACACACACACACACACACACACACACACACACACACACUGAUGCUCAGACCUCUUGAGCUACAGAUACUGGCCAUUCAAAGACACACACACACACACACACACACACACACACACUGAUGCUCAGACCUCUUGAGCUACAGAUACUGGGCAUUCAAAGACACACACACACGCACACACACACACACGCUGAUGCUCAGACCUCUUGAGCUACAGAUACUGGCCAUUCAAAGACACACACACACACACACACUGAUGCUCAGACCUCUUGAGCUACAGAUACUGGGCAUUCAAAGACACACACACACACUGAUGCUCAGACCUCUUGAGCUACAGAUACUGGCCAUUCAAAGACACACACACACACACACACUGAUGCUCAGACCUCUUGAGCUACAGAUACUGGGCAUUCAAAGACACACACACACACACACACACACACACUGAUGCUCAGACCUCUUGAGC